AUGUUCAGAAGCGUGAAGCCCAAGACGAAUAAACGCCGACGCGUCGCUGAGGACGAGGAGAUUCCGAGCACAACGGACUCCAAUGUGGAUGAAGACGUCGCUGGCGUCUCAACGAGUACCGAUCGACGCCCAGUCAACACGUUUUCGACUGGAGGCGUGAAGAAAGCCAAGAACGUGCUCCAGACGCGGCUCGUCGAGUCCGAACGCGAGAUCGUGCCCCAGCAGUAUGCAGGGGAUGCUACUUAUGAGACGCAGAUUGACACAGAGAAGGAUCGUGAUGCGCGUGCGGUUAUGGAGCGAAGCAUUAAGGCCAAUACCGAUGGCAGUGCUGAUACAGACAGUGGAAAGGUCUAUCGAGGCCAAGCUGCUUACAAGAGUUACAUUACCAAGAAGGAAUCCCAGAUUGGCAUGAAUAAAUACACUGGUACACAAGGCCCUAUCCGAGCCCAGACUUGGGCGCGAGCGAUCUCCCGUUUUGACUACCAGCCUGAUAUCUGCAAAGAUUACAAGGAAACGGGGUUUUGUGGCUACGGUGACAGCUGCAAGUUCCUCCACGACCGAGGAGAUUACAAAAGUGGGUGGAAGAUUGAACAGGAGUAUGCAGAGAAGGAAAAGAAACGUCAGAAGCGACUGCAAGAGGGCCGAGACGCUGACGAAGAAAGUGAUGAGGAGGACAAAAGCGGGAACAAGAAAGGCGAUGAAGAGCAAUUCGCCUGCACAAUUUGCCGUGGACCCUUUCGCAACGCUCUGGAGACAAUUUGCGGUCAUUUUUUCUGUGAGGCAUGUGCGCUGAAGCACUUUAAAAAGUCAUCGCGAUGCUAUAACUGCAAGAAACAGACCAAUGGUAUCUUCAACGUGGCCGAAAAGUUGCGAGCGAAAGAGCGAGAAGAGCAACAGCAUACUAACGCAGCUGAGACGUUUAGAAGCUUAAACUGCGAUGCCACUGUGACGGGUGUUGAAGUAGACACGAAAGGUAGCAGCAGCGGAGGCUGGACAAAAGUGACGGAAACUUCAUAA